GAAACUCUCGUCGUUCCUCUUAAACAUGGCUUCGAAGCUCCCGAUGCAAAACAUCGACAACGCCAAUGUUGCGAAGGCUCCGGCAUCAUCGCUAGCUUCCGCUGGGAAUACAAUUGAGCAUAUCCUACUUUGUCCUGAUUCUUAUAUAGUUUCGAUUGAGAAACAUACCCAAACGCUUUGGGUUUAUGAGAAGGAAGAGAUGGUUUGUCGUUCUGUUACUUAUGUUCCUGGAUUGUAUAAGAUCUUUGAUGAGAUCCUUGUGAAUGCUGCUGAUAAUAAACGGAGAGAUCCGUCUAUGGAUUCUGUCAAAGUUGUGAUCGAUGUUGAGAAGAAUCAGAUUAGUGUGUGUAACAGUGGUGAUGGAGUUCCUCUUGAAGAAGGUGUUUUUGUGCCUGAGAUUUUUUUUGGUCAUUGGUUGAGGAGGAAUUACGAUAAUAAUGUUAAGAAGACUACUGGUAGAAGAAACGGAUUUGGUGCUACGCUUACAAACAUCUUCUCUACUGAAUUCAUUAUAGAGAUUGCAGAUGGGAAGAGAUCACUCAAGAAGUAUAAGCGGGUCUUUGAAAACAAUAUGGGGAACAUGUCUAAACUAUUUAUAACCAAGUGCAAUAAGGGUGAGAAUUGGACGAAGGUUACAUUCAAGCCUGAUUUGAAGAAGUUUAACAUGACUGAAUUGGAGAACGAUGUGGUUGCUCUAAUGAGUAAGCGAGUGUUUGAUAUUGCUGGCUGUUUGGGACAGACUGUCAAAGUUGACCUGAAUGGAAAACAAGUACCAAUUAAGUCAUUCAGUGAUUAUGUUGAUCUCUACUUAAGUGCCGCCAGUAAAUCAAGGACUGAGCCUCUCCCAAGGAUGAAUGAGAAAGUUAAUGAUAGAUGGGAGGUUUGUGUGAGCUUAAGUGAUGGACAGUUUCAACAGGUUAGCUUUGUCAACUCCAUUGCGACAAUUAAGGGUGGUACGCAUGUUGAUUAUGUGACCAGCCAGGUCACAGAGUACAUUGUGGGUAUUGUGAACAAAAUGAAGAAAUACCCUAAUGUCAAGACUCAUAAUGUGAAGAACCAUCUGUGGGUCUUUGUCAAUGCUCUGAUUGACAAUCCUGCGUUUGAUUCUCAAACAAAAGAAACACUGACUCUUCCAGAGAGAAGUUUCGGGUCGAAAUGUCAACUUUCAGAAAAUAUCCUUCAGAAAGUGGCCAAAUCUGGCUUGGUGGAAAACUUGCUUUCGAACUAUGAGCCUGGCACUCAUAUUUUUCCAUCGAUGGUUGAUGACCUCACGCUGCUGAAACUAGAGAUAGCUAAUGAUCAGAAGUUGAGAAAAAAAUGGUUAACAGAAAUCCUGGAAAAUGCCAAGCCUGUCGAAGCAGCAGUUGCUGGAGCAACUAAUGCAGCUGAAAGCUCAUACUAUAAUUACCUAUUGCAAUUGUCUGUUUUGAUUACAGAUACAGUACAAGAGGUAAGGGCACAGAGAGAUCAAAUGAUGGAUGCAGUUGAAGACUUGAAAAACGCCACACCGGAAUCCCUCAGGCUCAAAGAACUAGAGGAACUUGAUAAGCAAGAUGCUCAACCCGAUGAAGAGAGACAGGCGCCAAAGAAACCGGCACCAAAGAAAGCCAGUGAAUCUGUAACAAAAGAGGCUUCAAAUUCAGCAAUGGACACAGAAACAACUGAAACAGCGAAAGAAAUUUCUCUGGAUGACGAUGAUGACGACGUGGUAGUGUCCCCGGAGAAGAAAGUGAGGAAGCUGAGAUCGUCUCCGUUUAACAAGAAGAGUAGUUCAGUGAUGAGCAGGUUGGCUAAUAAGGAAGAGGAGAGCAGCGAGAAUGCAGCUGGAAACUCAUCGUCAGAGAAAUCUGGAGAUGUUUUUGCGAAUAGGGGGUAUGUGUGGUGGAGUGAUUCGGAGAGUGAAUCUGGGAAUGAGUCUGAGUUUGACAUUGAAGACGAUGAAGAUGAUGAGUAGAGUUAGAGAGAACUAACUCGGUUGUUGAUAAUGAUUCAACUUAAUUUCAAACUUUAGUUUCUCCCUCUCGUCUUCUUUAGAGUUUGGUGUUAUUAUUCUCAUGAAAGACUUAUUUUCUCUAAGGAUUGGCACAAAACUCUGUUUUCUCUAUUGAUUAUGCAUUUAGUUUCAUUAAUCAUUUUCUUCUCUUUGGUUGGUCACAACUCAUAUGGAUCUUUUGGUUUUAGCAUAAAUAAGCGAGAUUGUGUAUG